AUGUUACAACCCACCCCCACUAACUGCACGCAACGUCCUUGUUGCGCACCUGGAUCGUCACCCCCUGCCGGUGUGAGUCAAGGCCACUUCAACUCGACUCCACACUCUCGUAUGGGUUUGGCUCUGAUACCAAAUUAUAACACCCGGACCAUCCCUCCCGGUGAGUCACCCACGCCCUCUCUCUGGAAUCGCAGGCCUAUCUCGGCCGGUGGGCCUCACCCAUGUCCGACAGCCGGUCGUUAUUUUGAGAGGCUCUACCGACUUGUUUACUAUCCCUGCAAUCAACACCCGACCUUUCCCCAUGUUUGGCCUCACUCACACGGUUUCGGAAACCACUUCUCUGAAGGUCACCCAUCCUUCAACUACUCCAGCCUAAGCACGCUUAACUCCGAAGUUACUUAUAGACCUUUGACCGAAAAGGUAAGUGCACUUUGUUGA